GGUGCCUGUCUUCUUGUGGUGUUGGCCUUCGUAGUCUGUACCAGUGCAAUUUCUCUGUCCAGUGUUUUGAGCAUUGAAGAUCAAGUUAGAUUCAAACAGACAUUCUACAAUGCUAUACCUUUCAAAGAUCUAAAGACAGCAACCUAUUCAAUCAUAGGUUUAAAACUGAUGAAGGCAGAGAUUCCCCAACACAGGUAUCAUCCAGUUUAUGAAUUGUACAGAUAGUUUUUUUAAAAUUAUUUUGAUAGAAAGUGUUAUCAGUGAAAAAGAUAAUUUUUUGCCACUGCAGUAGAACCCCACUAACUCAAAGCUAGAUCCAAUUACCUUUGGAUUUGACCCCAUUUUUCCAGCCAAGUUUACCUCUAUAACUCAAACUUUUUGUAAGAAUUUCACUCAAUAUACAUAGUGUCAGAAUGUAACUGAUUGACACACUCCACUCUUUAACCUUGAUAGAUAUGAAUGUGAUAACAUUUACAAAGUCGUAGUGCGUUUAGCUAAACUUCCCAAACUAAAAUACCAUAUUCCUUCACCUAGAAGCCGAUCUCAGCUAUAAGCUGAGACCCUAAAAGUUAGAGACCUUCCAACAGACUCGUGUUGUCCAAAAGAAAAAGCAAAACCAUUGGCUAUAAGCUGAGAGCAAAAUUCUUGAUUGUAACUGGCCAUUUGAGUGAGCAAAUCUCAUAGAAAACAUUGGAAAAUGGCUCAAUGAGCACAAAAGCUGAUGAACGAGAAUAAACACAAAAGAAAAAAAAGUGAAUCAGUGAAGAUGUUUGAGUCAGCAGGUUUCUGUUGUAGGUAUGAAAUUGAGUGAUGAUAGCCAUAAGGAAGGAAAAGGCUUUUAACACUUUACACCCUUAUAUCAGUAAUCAUAUUCUCCAUACUGUUCUCUGUACAUUUACUAGUGUGUGGACAAGGAGAAUUUGUCUAACAAUCAAGAGUUUCUUUAGUUGGUGAUCAUUUCUUUCAUUCUCAUGACAGUAAUGUGUGAUUCAGGGGUGAUAUUGUAAGGAGAAAUUAGAUGCUUGUCGUUCUUAGGGGUUGAAGUGUUAAUGGAGUAUUUAGAGUUGAACAGUCAAGCAAUAAUGAAAUUAAGUGAAGGAUGAAAAAGAGAACAAAGCUGAAAGCUUAUUUUAAAUUACCUAUGUGUACAUUGGAUUAUUGGAAUAUUGAGAAAUUAGAGCAAGGUGAAAAAUAACAAACAGCUAGUUGCUAGUAGCAGAGCUCACAGAGUCCCCGGUUUUAGUCCUGGCCAGGGCAAGGUGUUGUGCCCUUGAGACAUGCGGGAAAAAAAAAUGCGAGCUCCGCUUUUUGGCUUGGCUAAAUCUAUAUAUUGCCACUGAAAAUUGACUGUUGGCUACCAGAUUUUAAAUGCUGGUUGCCAACAGGUGACUUUGAUUAAGUCUUGUCAGUGUUCUUGCAGGCUUAGUGGAGAACAUCUAGUAACUGUUUGUGUUAUAUUUCUUUUCAACAGGAUGUUUGCAAAUUUGCUAAGGAUAGCAUUGAUAGUAGCAGUGUAACCUCCAUAUUCUAUGCAGCUACCAUAAAGUUUUUUGCAAAUUGCAAGGUUUGUAAAUCUUUCUCUUGUUUUCUGAAAUUAUUUUUUGGUGACAUUGCACUGUGCUGUUUUGUGUGUCGUGAUCAUCGUCAUCAUUAUCAUUAUUACCCCAUACAGACCUGAAUAUUUUCAGCCCUUAUUUUCACUACUGCUUAAGUAGUGUUCAUUACUGCCAAGAUCACUUUCAUAUUCACAUCUUAAUCCACAGUUCACAUAUAUGAUUUCCAUAUAUUCACAUUCAUGAUCAUCAUCAUCAUGGAAGAUGCGAUGGGGUUGUGGUGGGUAUGCUGGACCCCUGGGUGGACAGGUCCAGGUUCAAGACCUGGCCAUGUAAUUGUGUUCUUGGGCAAAACACUUUCUUCUUACAGCGCCUCUCUCCACCCAGGAGUAUAACCUGGUGCCAGUGAAUUGUCAGGGAAGCCUGAUGAAAUGCUGGGGGUUAACUUUGCAAUGGACAGGCAUCCCAUCUAGGGGAAAGUAGUAAUACUUCUAGUCACUUCAUGCUGUGGAAACUAGGAUGAGCUCCUUGGCUCUAUUAAAGAUUUUUUUAUAAUUUCUAUGUCACAAGUAGGGAAGAGAAGCAGAGGAUCAAGCUCUCCUGUUUCUUAUCAACCUACAUUAUGUAUAACCCUUACCACGGCUUUGGGAGUAAACUGUUUAAUUUUUCUAACCUGUUGUGAGAUCAAUAAUGCUCCUAGUUGCCUCGUGCAAUGUAAACUGGGAUAAGCUUUUGACAAUGUCUGUAACUUGACUCACAAAAUUACAACACCUGUAGCCUCAGUGACAAACUCAAUAUGUCUGUGGAAGUCAAAUUACAGUUGUCUUUGUCUUUUCUGACUGCAGUUUCCAGCUGCUCAGGGAGUAGAAGCCACAUUAUCAAGUGCUGCCAAAGAAGGAACAGACAUGAGAACACUUUAUUAUGCAGUGGCAGCACAAAGUUAUUUUGGGCUGAAAGGUAUAAUGGUGUUGAUGAUAUAUUUGUUAUGCAUUGGGCAGGAGGUCUGUGUAGGAAAAACUGUGUCUGCAGUCUCCCACUUUUGGCCUUGCACUUCCCUCAAAAACUAAGGCACAGUUUCCCAAUUGACCAGCCUAGACCAGUUAACCACUUUUUUAUACCAAAUUGCUAUUUCCUAAAUGUCACUGCUGCACUGGUAACAAGCAUGGGAUAGGCCAAUCAGAUUUAGGGAUUUGAGAUUCCAGCCUAUUGAGAUGUGUUACUCUACUGUUUAAUCAAGGUUGAGUUCUUCAAAAUGUGGUUGAGCAGUGAUCAGUUGCUUUCAAUUUGGAAAAAAAAACUGAUUUUUGUAUGCUUUAUUGACUUUUUGCAUUUUAGUGGACGCAGCUGAAGUGCUCAAGGCAGUGAAGGCAGCUAUCAACUCUGAUGAAGACAGCAUCCUUGGGUAAGGAGAAGGUUAAUUAUAACUGUUUUUUCUUUUUGUCUGGAAUUGUCUGGGAUUUCACCAUGUCCUGCCCAUCCCAGAGUUUUCUGACCAACAAAAACUCCAGAUUGUAGACAUCCCUGACUGUCUAGGAUUAUUGGCUGCCAAGCAGGAAAACCCACAAGCAUUUCUUUUUUCCAACCUGUCCCACAUUUCCACAGUUAUAGUGAUCAUUGGUGAACUUGCAAAUCAUCUGGCAUUUUCCCAACAUAUGAAACCAACCUUCAGUUGUUUUAAAUUUGGCUUGAAACAGAGGUACAGCAGACAUUAGUAUUAAGUAGAAUUUGAGAGAGGAAGAAAAUAAAUUGAGUGCUCAUUUUCCAUAUACUGGUUUUUCAUAUUUCCAAUUAUGGUUGAAAGGUAUGUUUCUCUAUUCCUGUUUUCAGGGCAGCAUACGCCUUGCUCACUGCCACUCACCUUCCUAAAGAUGCUGAUGUGUCAUUCAUCACUGACUUGAUUGAGGUAAUACACUUAAACCGUUCACUCCCAAGAUCUUAUUAGUAAUUCUCCUUACUGUGUGCCAUACAAUGCUUAUGAUGUGAGUUCAGAUAAUUUGUUUUUGGAUCAACUAGGAAUUUCCUUAAUGAUAUUUUUCUUUAUUCUCAUCUCUUGUCUGCUUGAUAUUGUAUUAAUGUAUUAAGGAGAAAUUCUGUCUUGGUCACUAAUGGUAGUUUAAGGGUUAAAAGGUUUUUUUGCGUUUUCCUUGCCAUGUAAUUUUCCCACAAGAACAACUCUUUUGACAUGUCUUUAAUUUGUGUUUCUUCAGGAUACAGUAGCUCAGGCUGAUGAAGUUGACAACAGCUAUUUGCAGGUAAUCUUCAUUUCUGCAUUAGUGUGCAAGUAAAUUUAACACAGAUGAAAUUUCCAAACAAAACUUUAGUUUUCAAGCAUGAGGCCUAGUAUCCACUCCAUUCUGUGCUGUAUAUGGAUUUUUUGUAAACUACCAAAAUGCUUUUAGAAUGAAAUAACAUUUUCAAAUUUUGUAAGGCCUCAUGUUGAUGGGAUUCUAAUGACACUUGUUUAUUUUUUGGUUUCAGUUUGAAGCUGGACUCUUGACAACCUCAAAAGUGGUCUAUGCCAUUUAUUUAUACUCAGAACACAUCAACAAGGCUCCAGCUAUCACUGAGGUAAAGGAAGAUUUUAUUAUUAUUGUCAUCAUUAACAUAUCAUCAUUACUGGUACAUGUGAUUUCUUACAAGUCAAGCCUGAUGCUCUGUAAUAAAGAUUUAUGUUAGUAUGUGAGCUAUGAUUGGUCAAUUUAGUGGGCCAAAUUUCACUGAACAACCUGCUGAAUUCAGAGGUUUGUGUGAAUUGAAAUCUUCUCCCUCUAUUUUAACUCAGUGAUGUAAUAAAUAUCUUACCUAACCCUUAACGCCCUGACAUCAUCAUGCAUAUUCUCCAUACUGUUCACUAUACAUGUCUUAAGCUGCUACCAAGGAGGAUUUGUAUAGUAAUCAAGGGCUUCUUUAGUUGGUGAUCAUUUCCUGUACUCUCAUGAGUUAAAUGUUUGAUUCAGGGAGGACAUUGUAGGGAGAAUUUAGAUGCCAACUGCUCUUAGGAGUUAAAGGGUUAACCUUGUUUUCUUGGUUCCUAACUGUUAGUUAUGGAAAUUUUUUGUUCACAUUUAUAGCCUGUGUGCUUUGCACCUGACAUAAAUCCAAGUGCAAAAUCCUUACAUUGCAAUAUGAACCUUAAACUCGCCAACAGGUGUGGUAAGAGUUAUGUCUAACAGUAAUAUGUUACCUAACAGCAGUUUUCACUGAAACACAUGUACUGUGUUUGAUUGCAAUGCUCAUCUUCUAGGAACAAGUCAUCAAGUUUACCAACUAUCUUCUUACAAGGAAGCAUGUUCAAUCUGUGGAGGACUCAUGUGUUCUUUUCUCAACCUUGGACAAGCUUGGCAACAAUGCAGUGAGCACAGUUUGUUUUUUUGUAGUUUUUUUUUUAGUCAGAUUUAAAGAUUUUUGUCUCAGGUGGUUUGGAGAGGGUUUGUGGUGUGCUUUUAGUUCAUGUAUCAGGGCUGGGUUGUUUAAAGCUGGGUUGAGAUAACCCAGGGCAAGUGUGAAAUUUGAUUUCAGAUCUGAAAGCUUGAAAAGAAAAUUGAGUUUAAAUAUUUUUUGCUUACAAUGUGAUGGUUGGCUGUUCUAAAAAGAGUUUGGAAAAUUUCCCAAAAAGGCUUUUGAACAGAGAAGUAAAGAAACCUGAAUUAAAAUUGAACCCUGUGUUGGCACUAAUUGGCCUUUGAACAACUGGGCCCAGCAGUUUCAAUAAUUUUUUCCAUAAGUGGCCAUCAAUGGUGUAAUUUGCAGCUGUGCUGUUAGGUGAUACCCAAAAAUGAGAGUAAGCUGGUUUGAGGUUGUAGAGGGGGCUGUAUUUAUUGAAAAGCCUGAAUUAGCCUGCUUUGAUUUACACCAGUAGUAUAACAACUCAACCCUUUUACUGUGUUUAACCCCUUAAUUCCCAAGAUCUCAUUAGUAAUUCUCCUUAUUGUCUGCCACACAAUUCUUGUGAUGUUAGUUUGGAGAAUUUGGUAUUGGAUCAACUUGUAAUCCCCUAGUUGAUAUUUUUCUUUAUUCCCAUCGUUUAUCAUCUGUUAGGUUACCUUUGGCAGCUAUUUUUGUUGUCAAACUUGUUAAAUUAUUUUCUAACUUUGAAAAUGAACACAGUGGUAUUAUAGUGGUCAGAUAUGAUGAUCUGAAAAUCUUGACUUUAUUUACUUGCUCUUCUUUCCAGUUCCAUGUGCCAGUUGUAUUCCAGUUUUAUGGCUCUCCGGUUGUUUCAGAGGACAACAAAAUGGUCAAGGUAUUCACACAUUUGAGUGAAAUAAUUUUUCCAAACCUGUCUUAUUAAACUUUAACUGGGAGAUUUAGUGUUAUCAACUGAGUUGAUAACACAUAAGCUGGCCACCGUAAAGAGUUUAAAGGCUGAAGUUUUGAGCGUUAGCCCUGCGUCAGAGCAAUGGAUGUUAUACUCUCCCACCGAUGCAGCACCAUAGUUUCUUUAGAAACUUACCCCAUUUAUUAAACUUUAUUCCUGCAUGACCAUUUACUGUGACUCAUACCCAGGCUUUUUAUCUUCUGUUUUUGGUCAGUAAGCAUUUGGCAUCCCAUCCCUCCCUCCCCCUCCCCUCCCCAAUAAUUCUUUUUAUAUUUAAUAUCAUAAAUAUACUCUUUUCUUCAGGUUCGUGUAACUAAUGUCAUGGACAAGGCUUUUGGUAAAAUGACAGUCACUGGUACAUCUGCAGAAGAUGCAGAGGGAACAACUGUCCUUAGCAACAAAGUGUUCACUGCUGGACCUGACAAGUGAGUAGUGAAACUAAAUUGAUCAAAUUAUUAUUUUUUUUAAAUCAAGGUUACAUCCAGCCAACAAUGUUCACAGGCUCAUUAUUUGGAGGAGAAGGGAGAUUGUACUAAAAUUUUUAUUUCUUGUGACCAAGGCAUGAUUUCGUAUGUAGAAAAGUUGAACUUGGAAAUGAACCGGUUAAACCUUGAUAUAAAGCAAUUAAUCCUUAAACAAUUUUUUUUAAUUAAAAUAAAAAAUAUCCUACCACAGUGACUUCAUUGUUAUCGAGACUGACCUUGGGCGUGGCAUGUUUGCAGCACAUAGGUAACAAUGGUAACACUCCUUAACCCUUUAACUCCCAGAAGUGAUUAACAUGUAACUUCUCCCAAUAAUAUCCAUACAUUAUCCAGCAAAUAGGUAAUGAGAAUACUUAAACUUAUCAGGCAGAAAUUGUUAUUGUAAUCUAACACUAAAUUCUCCAAACUAAAUUACAGGGUAAUGUGUAAUCACUAGAGGGGAGAAUUAACAAUCAGAUCUCGGGAGUUAAAAGGUUAAGGGUGUUUAAUAACUGAGAUCCAAAUCUUAAAACGUAAAUUUAAUAAGCAUUUUGUUAAACCUUAAAACUUAUUAUAAUUUUCAGAGAGAACUCUCUAAAUUAAUGAGUAUAAUAGCACUUAGGUCUGAUAAUAUAAACAAAUUAAUCAAAAUCGCGUCUUAAACAAUCCUCAGUUUAGCUCAACCUUUUAUCUGGACAUUUAUUUUUAUGAACAGCAUUAAGGGAGCCAACUGCUAACAGUGAAAGGACAUUUAUUUAAUAAAAUAAUUCCUCUUAUGGAGAAAGCCUGAGGCCAACUGAUUGUGUAAAACCGUAAUAAAGCUUAGACUUGUUGUAAAUAAAAUCUAAUAAAGAACCUGAAUAAAGGGACCUAAAGCUAUUUUUCUUAAAGGAAAAAAAAAUAAACUUGAAUGUACUUGCAUAAAACAUAUCUUGAAAAUUGUUCUCAAAUAUUUAAUUUGAUAAAAUCUUAUAAUACCCAAUUUUAACAAUAUCAGAACAUUAACCAUUUUAAAGAUUUUUAACUGUUAAAAAAAUUCCAAGUAAUUUGUGGAAUAUCUAUGGUAUUUCUGCUGUGGUUUGUUCAUUAAGAUACAGGGUUUGAUUAUUUAUUUUUUUCUGUUUUUACCCAGCUAUGAAUUAAACUUCAUGACGUCACGGCCAGGACCAGGGGUGUACACAAUCAGCAUCAGGUUAGGUGAUGUUUCACAACUAAUCAUUACCGUUACAAUUUCCUUAAAUGUGAUUGGUGCAUUAGCUGCUCUAUUUUUCUGUAAUUGGACACCUGUAAUUGGACAGUCGAAGCAGCCAAUCAUACUAAGUCCACUCAGCUAAAUCCGCCAAUCACAGAAUUAUCACAAUAACCAUAGAGACAAUCACUUAUCUAGAAAAAAAAAAAUGGCAAAUUUCCAAAAUGGAGGAAUUUUUGCUUAGGGUUAGGGUUAGGGUUAGGGUUUAUUCGGAAAUUGCAACGGUUAUGAUUAAUUGGUAACAGGACUUCGUGUUGUCCAAUUCUGUCUGUCGUCAACAAAUCAGACUCCCGCGUUGCGGUAGUCCGAUUUUGUUAAUCCCUCGUAUGAUUACGGACCAAAUUGGACUCCACUCGCUCCUAUUACCACUAUUUAUCGACUGUAUCAAAUUGAUUUUAUAAGCGAAUCGAAUCGACUUCAUUUUUUAUUGAAUUGACUCGUAUUGAAAGGACAGGUUCCUAAACAGAUUCUUGAAAUAAACCUCCAUACACGUAGCAAAAAUUUGUUUUGCAUGCACAUCUGUCAGCUGAAUUUUUAGACAAAGCUCCCUUUUUUUUCGUUUUUGCAUCGACCUGAUUAAAUUUGUCGUUAGUCUAUGAGUGUAAACCUCAGUUUAGUUAACGACGCUGGAGCGAUGCGACAUAAAACAUCUUAUCUCCACCGAGACUUCUCUGAUACUGUGAGAUUUCUUGACUAACCAGGAGAUGACAUUUAAUCAGUGUAACAUAAGGGGAAGAUUGCUCUUUGAUGAUCUUGAACCACGGAAAAGGAUGACAUUUUCUCAGUGAUUCAACAUCUCAACUUGAAUUGAUUGUGCAAUUGAUUUAUCUUCUGGUUUAUUUAGACAGCUGGACGGAAAAGGAUUUUCUUUGUUUUUUUGUCCUAGUUUUAUUCAAAGUUUUCAUACCGACAUCUCAACUUGAAUUUUGCUUCAGUUAAGCGUUGUAGAAAGACCUCUUUUAGUAUGCAAAUAAGUCACCAAAUUUUCAUUUACUCAAAACCCCGUCUGGUUUAUUUAUUAAGUCGAGGGAGUUCAAAACCCAGCACUCGGGGUCUUAAGAAACGUGAUUCCUUUGCUGUGACAUCUGCAAAUGGUUAGACAAUGUAGUCUUCUCGGAUAAGGCCAAUAAACCUUAAGCCCCAUAUCCUGCAUCUUUUCUUUACUGGUUGUACGCAUUUUAGUUCCAACUUGUUUUCUGGUAUUAUGUCAAACCUAGUUUCCAAGGAUGCCUAAAUUGGUUUCAGCUUUCUAUCCUGCUGAAUGCUGCCACCAAAGUUGCUCGCAAAAGUACUGUAAAGCAUGUUCGGGCAUAUUCAUGGAUAGAAUACGCUAUAUAAAAACAUCGUUAUCAUUUUCAUUACUUUGGUCCGUUCCCCCGCUGUAACUUGAUUGCCCUAGUCCUAAUGAAAACAAAGUAUUCAAAAUUUCUGGUAAAAAUAUCCUGGUUUGUUGGUGAGAGAGACUUUUUAGAGAGACAAUCUAUUUACAUUGUUUUUACUCUACAAGGAUUUCCUAGGUAAAAUAUUUUAUUUUAGAAUGAUGGUGGAAAGUCUUGUUUUAUUUUCGCUCCAGAUUAAAGUCAAAGUUGUCACUAAGGUGACUGUAGAAGACGUGGAGUUGUCGGUCGUCGACAAAGAGCAAAACAUCAAGGCAAAGACUCUCAGGUAGUUUGUGUUUCACAAUUAAAGUCUCAUUACUGAAUUUUGCGUACUGUGUAGAGCGCUUUUCAAUGUAAAGUCAUAUAACUAACGUUAUCAAAACGGCCCAACUGAAGAAAGGAAAAUACCCUGGAGAGCCAAAGAGUACUCAAAGGGAAAAAAAAACAAACAAACAAGCAAACGGCGGGAAACGCGGGAAAACUAAAGCGUGGGAAAGCGCGGGCGACCAAGGCGCGAUUGGUGUUGGUUUUGCAUCUGAUUGGUUGAGACAGUAACGCGUGUUUUGUAGACCAAUCACAAAACAAAGGCAAUUCCGUUUUGCUUUCGACAACAAAAUAAAAUUUUCUCAGUUUUAAAAGAUGGGAAAGAAUUUCAUUGAUAAAUAGGAUGUAGAGUUGUGUCGGCAAUACCUCAAGCCACUGGGUCUAAUUCUUUAAAACAGUUGUGAACUCAUUCAUUCAUUUCUUUUCGUUUUCAGCGUCAAACAUCCUGAAGCCAUCAGUAGCGUGAUCGAAGCUGAUUAUCAUCAGAAGGUUGUGAUGAAAUUUUCACUAAAAAGUUCGUCAUCUGGAGAUCUGUUCACCCCGCACCAGGUGAGUUGAAUUGGAAACAUAGAAUCUACAGAUUUCAUUUUCACAAGAGCUGUACCAAGAAAGUUAAAAGCUUUUGAAACAUCGUGACUGGCUUGUGUGUUAACCGUUAGAAACCCAGAAACCGUAAAACUGCUGCUUUUAACGAUGAACUGUCAACUCAAGGGAUUAUGUAAUGGCUUGCAUUUGCGGAAAAGCGCUCCAAAGUGUGCCAUAAGAUUUUAAAGUAUCAAGAAACAAUUAAUUUUUAACUCAUGUAAGACAACUUGGUUCUGAAAGCCUGAAAGCUUGCCACCUAGUAGUUACAACGUCCGCACAUGCACAGACGUGUGACCACUGUGUACUUAUUCUCAGGGUGUUAUGAAUUUUCGUAAUGAAGCUCUCUUUUUAAAGGUAAACGUUUUUUUAUACUUGCUUUUGUCAUCCAUAGGCCUUUGUCAGACUCACCAAUCAAAAAACGAACCAAGAAAUAUUCUUUGUCGCUGAACCAGAGCAGAGCAGAGUUUUCAAGUUUGAUUUGGAUGUGGGAGCUACUGCAAAAGACUCCUUUGGAUCUCUGUCUGGAAAAUAUAAGAUGGUGAGAUUGGAUGAUUUCCUUUUUGUUGUUAUGCCUACGAGUUUGUUUUACCGAACACCCAGAAGCAUUAACUGACACUGUAGGCUUCAAUCAUUACAUCUUUGUAGCCCAGAUUGUCGAAGAAACUGGAACAAAGUAACCGGUAGAAAUGAAAAGAGGUAAAAAUUGCGAAUCCUGUGCAACUGAUGCGUCGGCCAACCGUCGGUCAACUAUCGACCAACAGUCGGCGAACUGUCGGCAACUAUCGGCAACUAUCGACCAACACAGAGUGGCUUGACGCGUCAAUAGCACUAGUUUCUCGUUCUCAGUUUUCAGAAGUUUGUUGAAUGGCAUUUUCUUGGACAUUCUAUUUUUCAGGACCUCAUUGUUGGAGACGCUGUCAUUCAGAAUCCUUUUGAGUGGAAUGUUGUGAGUAUUUAAUCUAAACUCUGAUCUGUUUUUGGGAGUCCAGCAAGUUGUUUCUUUCGAGGUGGUGCGCAGUUUCGGUAUUUUAUUGAAGUUAUAUGGGAUUUGGUUGGAAAACUCGCUUCACUCUCCCAACCCAUAAGAUUAACCCAUAGACCCUUGAGAGUAACUAGCAUCUAAUUUCUCCUUACAAUAUCACCCUUGAAUCACACGUCAAUGUCAUGAGAAUAAAGGAAAUGAUCACCAACAUAAGAAGCUCUUGAUUGUUAAACGAAUUCUCCCUGUCAACACCUUAGGAUAGGUAUAGAGAACAGUAUGGAGAAUAUGCAUACUGAUAUACUGAUGUUAGGGUGUGAAAAGUUAAAGAGUAAAAUCAGUGGCUCUUCGGUCACUCGCUGUUUCCUGCGCUUCAAUCAUUUUUCUUGUUCUACUUUGAUUUGUCAUAAGCUCUUUGAUGUUUUCUUUCACUAAAACCUUUUUUGUUUUCUUCAGGGAGUUCUUUCAUUAACGUUCAAUGAUGACCCAACCAAACCAGGCAAAGACAAAGAAAACAUGUACCACGCCAAACCAGAAAUUGAGGUAAAGCUAUUCUUGCAUUUGUUCUUGGUUACAACAUUCUGUCAAAGGCAAUGAGGCGAAGAUAAACUGCAUGGUGAACAGUUAGAAAGAAAAACCAGAGAGAAAUUCAUCAUAUGUGCUAACCAAUCAAGUUGCGCGUAUUAUUCAGCUAAAUCAUAUAAUUCCCUUUUUCAGCACAUGUUCCGUAUUCCAGAGAAGCGUCCUCCCAAAGCCGUUUCCACAGCUUUCACUGCCCUGGUGUUCCUUCCUCUAGCUAUUAUGCUGAUUGUUGUGAGUAUUGCAUGGAGAUAUGUGUGAGCCAAAUUCGUGAGAGCAUUUCCAAUGUCAACAAAACUAUGAAAAAUAAGAUCAGCGCUAUGGGUAUGGCAGUGGCCCUGUGGACUAGGCACUGGACCCCCGAGAGAGAGAGUUCUGGGUUUAAGACCCCGUUGAGUCACUUUGUUGUCUUGUUUCACGAUUUUUUCAUACAAGCAUGUUUGAAAAGCCGUGUUUUUUUUUUUGCAUCAACCUGGUCACAUUUGUUGUUAGUCUAUGAGUGUUAAUCUCAGUUUAGCUAACGACGCUGGAGCGAUGCGACAUAAAACAUCUUAUCUCCACCGAGACUUCUCUGAUACUGUGAGAUUUCUUGACUAACCAGGAGAUGAUAUUUACACAAUAUAUACAGAGCCCGAGGUAGUAACAUCGUUUGUGCUCUGCUAAAUUGAAAUGUCUUCUAUUGCUUUUAUCACUUUCUCGGUAACAUUGACAAAACGCGAGGCAGACAUUUUUAAAUUCAGCGUAAGGUGAUUAUGGCGAGAUACGACACAAUGUUCGACCAAUCAGAGCGCGAGAAUCUCCAUGAUCACCUUAGCAACUCUACUAAGAGGCAUUUAUUUUGUUUUAUUUGCAGUGGAUAAAGCUCGGAGCUAACAUCUCCAAUUUUCCAUUUUCUCUUGGGGCAAUAGUCUUCCAUUUGGGUUUGGGAGGUAAGUUUAAACUUUCAACAACUAUGUAAAACCCGAAGUUCUGUUUGGUUUAUCCAAGUAGAGAGGGAAACACUGGAAGCCGAGAUAUAUAUCUCCAGAAAUAUUCAGAAAGAAACAUUCCUUCAUUGUCGCAGUUGUUACAGUUGUUAGCUUUAAAGUUCUGACAUUUUUGUAUGGUAUUGAACAAGUUUCAAUUGAAUGCUUUACUUCGCUCUGUGAUUGGUUCAGAAAACUCGCGCCACUCUCUCAACCAAUCAGAUGCAAAAAUAAAACCAAUCUCGACUUGGUCGCCCGCGUUUUCCUGCGCUUUAGGCAGUUUGGUUUUUGCUUUGAGUUCUCAUUGGCUCUUAAAGGUAUUUUCCUGUCUUCCUAUUGGCUGUUGUGACUAUUUAGGUUUGGUUUUACGACACUCAAUCGAAAAGCGCUCUGUUUUCAAUUUUCUGAAAUUUUCGUUGAUUUUUCAUGGAUUGGAGUAACUGUUUUUUCACUUUGAAUUUUCUUUUCAGCCAUAUUUGUCCUUUAUUACCUUUUCUUCGUCAGCCUGGUAAGUGUUGUGCUGCUUCUUCAGCUAAACUUGACGAACUUGCAUCAUUCUUUUCAAUUUGUCGUCAGUUUGAAACAAUUUUUUCAAUGAGACUGGCGAUUUUAGAAUGCUACUGAAGAGAAAAUUUCCUCUCCACCGAGACUUCUCUUUGUAAAUAAGAUUUCUUGACUUAAUCAGAGAUGACUUAGACUUGUUUCGAGUAGUUUUGCAAGUUAUGUUCAUUGCCGUAAAAAUGACGAGAUUCUUGGAAAAACGCAAAUGUUCGUGUAUGAAAGUUUCACAGACAAUGUCGUCCAAGUUGAUUACUUUUUUGUCUUUCCUAAAACGUAGAGGCAUUUUUUUAACUAUAAAACACGUUUUUUUUUAGGGCUGUUUAAAUGUUUUGAACCGUUUCCCCGCGCAACAAAUCUCCCAGUUCUUGCCUUUUUCACUCGUAGUAACCAUUCUGGUACUUUGCGUCAUUUUCUGUUACUUCGUGCCUUUUUCACGUGUAACCGUUCUGCUACUUCGCGCCAUUUCCACACAGCAAUUAUUUUAUUUUUGGCGCCCUUUUUCCGCGCGUGGUAUCUGUGUCCCUUCUGAUUGGCCCUUUGCUUUCUUUGCGUUUUUGAGAUUGGUCAGUUGUGAAACAAGUUUUUGCACAACUCGGCGUUUGUUCUUUAUCUCUACGUGUAGAACAUGUUCACCACUCUUAAACUCUUGGCUCUCAUUGGUGGUCUCACAUUCCUGGGCGGCAACAGUCUCCUGAGCAACAUCGCGGCCCGCCGGUGA